AUGUCGAGUGAAGAAUAUGAUUCAGAUUCCUCCGAUUCCCUGUUGAUACGCCUAGUCGAGUGCAGAAUCUGUCGUCGUCGUCGUCGUCGUCGUAGGCGCAAUCAAGAUCGCGAUUCCAGCUUUGAGGGAUCUAACGUCGAGGUUAUUGAGCAGCUCGGCCAGGGCGGCUUCAGCAGAGUUUUCCGGUGCCGCGAUCUCAGGACCGACCAGAUUGUGGCCAUCAAACAGAUCGACAUGCUUGGCGUAAAUGAAGGUGUUCCAAGUUCCGUCCCUAGAGAAGUCUCACUUCUUAAAGAACUGAACCAUGUUAACGUUGUCAGGUUGUUGAAUGUAAUCAUCCCCGAAAACAAAUACGCGAAUCUCGUUUUCGAGCAUCUUGAUUGUGAUCUUCAUGAUUACAUAAGAGAUCAACGUUACCCUAAGGAUUCGAUGACUAUAAAGAGUUUUAUGUAUCAAAUACUCUCUGCUGUGGCAUACUGUCAUUCUCAUAAGAUUCUCCACAGAGAUUUGAAACCAAAGAAUCUGCUGAUUGAUCAUUCUAAAAAGAUAAUCAAGCUCGCUGAUUUCGGUUUGGCUAGAGAAUUUGGAGACCCUGACAUGUUAUAUACUGCGAAAGUAGGAACUUACUGCUAUAGGGCACCUGAAAUCUUGUUUGAAUCCCGUCAAUAUUCAACUCCAAUUGAUUUGUGGUCUGUGGGCUGUAUAUUUGGUGAGAUGGUAAUUGGAAAACCUGUACUCCAUGUUACCAAUUGCCAGGAUGAAAUAGAGGCGAUUUUCAGGUAUGUCUCCGCAUGUGAAGCAGCUUGGAGAAUAUUUGGAUUUGACAUUCAUUCGAGAUAUCCCCCUGUUCAGAGAUUGACAUUUCACUUGCCUAAUGAAAAGAACAUUAUUUUCAGUGAUAAUGAUUCGUUGUAUGAUGUAAAGACAAGGGCGGAGUCUAGACUGUCAAUUUUUGAGUCUUGGAUGGAUGCAAAUAAAAAAUAUCCAGAAGGUAGGCAUCUAACUUAUGGAGAGUACCCGACUGAAUUUGUUUUCAAAGAAAAAACGCAUGAAUGGAAUCCGAGAAAAAAAGGAUUUUCCAUUGGAAGGAUAAAUCGUUUUUCUGCCAAUAAUGGAGAAGAUUCAUAUCUUCGUACCUUGCUUAAUUUUCAAAGAGGUUGCACCAGUUAUGAAGAUCUUAGAACGAUCAAUGGCGUGGUUUUUCCUACAUUUAAGGAUGCGUGCUAUUCUUUAGGACUUCUGGAUGAUGACAAUGAGUACAUUGAUGCAAUUAAGGAGGCAAGUUCCUGGGGAUCUGCUGCUUAUCUUAGAUGUCUGUUUGCUCUGUUGUUAUUUGCCAACUCAAUGAACAGACCUGAAAAAGUUUGGGAAGAGUGUUGGAAAUUUUUAUCCGACGACGUUGUUUAUCGGCAUAGGAAAAGAAUAGGACGUCAAGAUGCAAUUCUUACAGAAGAGUCUAUAAAAAACAUAACUCUUGAAGAAAUUGAUAAGGUACUGCAGAGCAAUGGGAAAUGCCUCUCUGAUUAUCCGUCAAUGCCACGCAUCAAUAGUGAAACUUUGCUUGAUAUGCAAAAUCGAUUAGUGUUGGAUGAAUUAAUGUAUGACAUAUUUGCUUUGGAAGAGGAGCAUAAAAGACUAAUUAAUUCCCUCACUGAUGAGCAGAAAGUUGUUUAUGAUAAAAUUGUUUCAGCAGUUACGACAGGUAAUGGAGGGUUAUUUUUCCUAUACGGGUUCGGUGGUACAAGAAAAACAUUUAUUUGGAAAACUCUUUCAGCAUCUAUUAGAUCAAAAGCUGGAAUCGUACUUAAUGUUGCUUCUAGCGGAAUUGCUUCCCUUCUGCUUCCUGGAGGACGAACAGCGCAUUCUAGAUUUCGUAUUCCUAUUCAAAUCAAUGAAGAUUCAACGUGUAAUAUAAGGCCGAAAUCUACUAUAGCUGAGUUGCUGUCAAAAACAAAGUUAAUCAUUUGGGGUGAAGCUCCAAUAGUACAUAGAUUUUGCUUUGAGGCUCUGGAUAGGACACUGAGAGAUGUUCUUAGAAUUUCUGAUACAAGCUGUGUUGAUAUGCCAUUUGGUGGAAAAGUUGUUGUUCUAGGAGGUGACUUUCGGCAAAUAUUACCUGUCAUUUCUCAUGGCAGCAGACAAGAUAUAGUUCAUGCAACCAUCAAUUCUUCUCAUCUAUGGUCCCAUUGUCAUUUAUUAACUUUGACCAAGAACAUGCGUCUUAAUUCUGGAAGUAGCGCUCACAAUUUAGAGGAAAUAAAAGAAUUUUCUGAGUGGCUACUUAAAGUUGGGGAUGGUAAUCUUGGAGAUGAUGUUGAUGGAGAAUCUAUUAUAACAAUUCCAGAUGAAUUGUUGAUUAGAGAAUCAGAAGAUCCGCUGUCAGAUAUGGUUAAUUUUGUUUAUCCGAAUCUCUUGGAUAAUAUUUUGGAUCAGACCUUCUUUAAAGAACGUGAUAUUCUAACUCCUAAAUUGUCCGAUGUUGCUAUGCUAAACGAGCACCUAAUGUCUAUGAUUCCUGGUGAAGAAAGGACUUUUUUGAGUUCGGAUAAAAUUCUUAAGCAAGGUGGGACUUCCUCUGUUGAGGAUGAUGAAAUCACCCCUGAGAUCUUAAAUACAUUAUCAUGCUCAGGGAUUCCUGAUAAUAAAUUAAUCUUGAAAGUUAAAGUUCCAGUAAUGCUAUUAAGAAAUAUUGAUCAGUCGAGAGGUUUAUGCAAUGGCACAAGAUUGCUUAUUACAAAAUUAGGGAAUCAUGUUGUUGAGGCAAUUCAACAUGAUGCUGAUAUCUGUGCUUCAUUGCAUUUUAGUUAUGACUAG